UUCACACCAAAUUCUCUCAUCUAUCUUGUAUGCAUACAUCAUAUAUAUACAUAACAUGAAGUUCCCAAUCUUUGCAUUUGUUUUCAUUCUACCUCUUAUUUUCCUACAAACACUUGGUAUUACAAGUGCAGCACCCAUAAUAUCAAAUCAUAAUUCAAUCCAAGACACCUUAAUAAACUGCCUUAACGACCAUUCUGUUCCUUCUCAUCCAAUAUCACCUCAAAUCUACGCCCCACAAAAUCCCUCCUUCUCAACCGUUCUACAAUCCUACAUUCGAAAUCUCCGGUUCAACGAAUCGACCACUCGAAAACCCUUGUUUAUCAUAACUGCUACACAUGUAUCCCACAUCCAGGCAGCCAUAAUAUGUGCCAAACAACAUGGUAUAGAGAUGAAAGUUCGAAGUGGCGGCCAUGACUAUGAAGGUCUCUCGUAUGUUUCCAUUGUCCCUUUCUUCAUGGUUGAUAUGUUCAACUUCCGCUCUAUCGAUGUAAACAUCGACGAGGAGACUGCGUGGGUGGAUGCUGGAUCUACUCUUGGCGAGGUGUACUAUAACAUUGGUAACAACAGUAGAAUUCACGCGUAUCCUGCAGGAGUUUGUCCAACAGUUGGCUCUGGAGGUCAUAUCACUGGAGCAGGAUAUGGAAAUCUUAUGAGAAAAUAUGGUCUUACAGUUGAUAAUCUUAUUGAUGCUAAAAUUGUGGAUGUUAAUGGUAGGAUACUUGAUCGUGCAACCAUGGGAGAGGAUCUUUUUUGGGCCAUUAAAGGCGGUGGUGGCGCGAGCUUUUGUGUUAUUCUUUCUUACAAAAUAAAACUAGUCCGAGUGCCUGAAAGAGUCACUGUUUUUAGGGUUUCAAGGUUGUUAGAACAAAACUUAACUAACAUAGUUGAUCAAUACCAACAUGUUGCACCAAAUUUGGAUCAUAAUGCCUUCAUUAGGCUUACCUUAGGUGUUACAAAUUCGAGCGAAACCGGCCUUUUAACAAACCAAGCAACAUUUAGAUGCUUGUUUUUAGGUGACACUGAAAGCCUAAUAUCCUUAGUUCAUGAGAAUUUUCCCUUGUUAGGACUAGAAAAGUCAGAUUGUCUUGAGAUGAGUUGGCUUGAAUCUAUACUUUUCUAUUCUGACUAUUCUAUGGGAACCCCAGUUGAGACUUUGUUGGAUAGGCAACCUCCAAGUGUGACCUACCUUAAAAGAAAAUCAGAUUAUGUGAAGAAGCCAAUUCCAAGAUAUGGGUUAGAAGGGUUAUGGAAAAUAAUGGUUGAAUUACAACCACUUCAGCUUACUUUCAACCCUUAUGGAGGUCGAAUGGCGGAGAUUGCGGCGAAUGCGACGCCGUUCCCACAUAGGGCAGGAAACUUGUUUAAGCUUCAGUAUGCUAUUAACUGGAAUGAAGGAGGGAGUGAGAGAGCAAAGUAUUAUAUAGAUUUGACAAGGAAGUUGCAUGCUUACAUGACUCCUUUUGUGUCAAAAAAUCCUAGGGAAGCUUUCCUUAAUUAUAGGGACUUAGACUUGGGAAUAAAUCACCAAGGUUCAAGAAGCUAUGUUGAAGGGAAGAAAUAUGGUGUGAUGUAUUUCAAGGAUAACUUUGAUAGGUUGGUGAGGAUAAAGAGCAUGGUUGAUCCAGAUAACUUCUUCAGGAAUGAGCAAAGUAUUCCAACUCUUCCACGUUAAUGGAGUGUUUUAUUUUUAGAUUUCUGAUCUUAUAAUAUGAUUGGGAAGCAUAGAUAGAAGCAAUACUAGAAAAUUUACUUGUAUGUAUGUGUGUGUACUAUAGAUGAAACUGUCAAGCUUGUAAUAUGGAGUGUUGUUUGUUUACUUAUUUGUUGAAUAUAUUGUAAUAAUAAGAUAAAAUUGUCAUCCUACAAGUUUGGGGUAUGUUCAUUCACAUAUUAAUUCUAAAUUUGAUUUAUGUAUAAAUAAUAAUCGAAAGAUUGGUGAUUCU